CUAUUCAAUAAUGAAAUGCUUUGUUCAUAAAUACCUUCAUGAAUAACAUGCAAGCUAAACGAGCACAACUGAUCAGAAUUACAACAACAAAUUGAUAUGAUAUGGAUGCAUUAAGUAAGCGAGUUAGGGAACUAGAUUAAUCUGGUGGUUUCAUAGUGAACACUGAGAAUGCUAUGUUUACAGGGUAGAGAUCUCAGCGAAAAUUUCAUGACCAAAAUGCAGAAGUGAAACAAUUAUUUGGACCAACAACCAAGAUCAAAAAUAGUGUCUUAUCACUGUGGAAAAAAGGGACAUGUGAUUGCCGGGCACUAAGGGCAGAUAGGAAACCAUGUGGUGUGCAGGCACAAUGGCAAGAAAACAGGAAGCAGCAAUCAGGCUCCACAUAUCCUACUACAUAGCACACUAAGCAAGAAUAGGAAUGCCUACAGAGUGAUGGGGCUGACAGGAGCCAGUUUCUUCAGUGUGUUUGAGGGAGCAGAGGAGAAACUUGUGCUGACAGUCAAACAGACGUGUGACGAGCAGAAGAUGAUGGAGGGAUGUCUGACACUCGUUUUACUCUUCACUAUAUUCACUCUAACCACAUCUGAUUUGGAGACUGUUAGGUUGGUUGGUGGUAACAGUCCCUGCAGUGGUCGAGUGGAGGUUCAUCAUAAUGGUCAGUGGGGAACAGUGUGUGGUGAUGACUGGGAUAUGACUGAUGCUGAAGUGGUGUGUAGAGAGAUGGGAUGUGGAAAAGCUGUAGAGGCUCUGAGUAAUGCUCAUUUUGGACAAGGAUCAGGACCAAUCUGGAUGGAUAAUGUGGCCUGUAGUGGAUCAGAAUCAACACUUAAGGACUGUAGAUCAUUAGGAUGGGGUGUCCAUAACUGUGGUCAUCAAGAAGAUGCUGGAGUCAAAUGCUCAGAAACUAUAAACUACGGAAGGUCAAGACUUGUGGACGGGUCUCACCUGUGCUCCGGAAGAGUGGAGAUUCUUCUUGUAGGUGGAUGGGGUUCAGUGUGUGCUGCUGCCUUUGACCAGCAGGAUGCAGAGGUUGUGUGUAGAGAGCUGGACUGUGGGGCUCCUGUACAGGUGCUGAGAGCAGCUGCUUUUGACAAAGGAGACGCUCAGAUGUGGACACAAGAGAUUCAAUGCAGAGGAAAUGAAUCACACAUUCGACACUGUCCAUCAUCAAACUCACAUAAAACAAACUGCACCCAUGAAAAUGAUGUCGGACUGAUAUGUUCUGGUUACACUGAUCUCAGGCUGGUCAAUGGUCCUGACAUCUGUUCUGGUCGAGUUGAACGUCAGUACUUCAGUAAAUGGGGCACAGUGUGUGAUGCAUGCUGGGAUAUGAGAGCUGCCAGUGUCCUCUGUAGACAGCUGAAUUGUGGGAUUGCUGUGUCUGUUGUGGGAUCAGACUGGUUUGGAGAAGGAAGUGGUGAA